CUCACAGGGUGGAAGGAAGUCUCCCUGGGACAUGUGAACAUCCGAGUGCGCGAACCUUCCAACAUGUUCGAGUGGAAGUGCCGAGGCCUUCUUCUCCUGGCCGUCAUCGCCACGUGCAAAAAUGAUGUGCCGAUAGCAUCAACAACGACAUAUGAACGGGACACGGCCACUACCGAAAUCAGCAAAGAUACAGUCGCGAUGGUAUCCAGCAGUGAGUCAUCGAAAAACCUGAGUACCACAUCAGAAACCCUCCCAAUAACAUUUAGCGAAAGUAGUGGGACGUUCCACAUGGGUACCAACUCAUAUCCUGCCACAGAGAAAUCUAGCGAAACUAUUGAGACAUCUGGUACUAUUACCACAGCUGAACCUGUAACUCGGACAUCUAGUCCAACAAAUGGGACGUCUGACAUGAGUACGACAACAAAUCCUGGCAAACAGACGAAUAACAUCAUGAGUGGGACAUCUGAAUCAAGCACCACAACUGAACAAGCAACAAAGAAACCAAGCACCACAAGUAAGACGUCUGACGUAAGCGCCAACGCAGAUCCUGGAGCACAGACGACUAGCGACGUAAGUGGGGCAUCUGAUACAGGUACGACCACAGUACCUGCAACACAGACAUUUGCAACCACAAGUAAGACGUCUGACGUGAGCGUCGCCACAGUACCUACGACACAGACAUCUGCAACCACAAGUAAGACGUCUGACGUGAGUGUCACCACAGAUCCUGGAACACAGACGACUAGCGACGUAAGUGGGGCAUCUGAUACAGGUACGACCACAGUACCUGCAACACAGACAUUUGCAACCACAAGUAAGACGUCUGACGUGAGCGUCGCCACAGUACCUACGACACAGACAUCUGCAACCACAAGUAAGACGUCUGACGUGAGUGUCACCACAGAUCCUGGAACACAGACGACUAGCGACGUAAGUGGGGCAUCUGAUACAGGUACGACCACAGUACCUGCAACACAGACAUCUGCCACCACAAGUAAGACGUCUGACGUGAGUGUCACCGCAGAUCCUGGAACACAGACGACUAGCGACAUAAUUGGGACAUCUGACACAGGUACGACCACAGUACCUGCAACACAGACAUCUAGCACCACAAGUAAGACGUCUGACGUGAGCGUCACCGCAGAUCCUGGAACACAGACGACUAGCGACAUAAUUGGGACAUCUGACACAGGUACGACCACAGUACCUGCAACACAGACAUCUAGCACCACAAGUAAGACGUCUGACGUGAGCGUCACCGCAGAUCCUGGAACACAGACGACUAGCGACAUAAUUGGGACAUCUGACACAGGUACGACCACAGUACCUGCAACACAGACAUCUAGCACCACAAGUAAGACGUCUGACGUGAGCGUCACCGCAGAUCCUGGAACACAGACGACUAGCGACAUAAUUGGGACAUCUGACACAGGUACGACCACAGUACCUGAAACACAGACAUUUGCAACCACAAGUAAGACGUCUGACGUGAGUGUCACCACAGAUCCUGGAACACAGACGACUAGCGACAUAAUUGGGACAUCUGAUACAGGCACGACCACAGUACCUGCAACACAGACAUUUGCCACCACAAGUAAGACGUCUGACGUGAGUGUCACCACAGAUCCUAGAACACAGACGACUAGCGACAUAAGUGGGACAUCUGACACAGGUACGACCACAGUACCUGCAGCACAGACAUCUAGCACAACAAGUAAGGCGUCUGACGUGAGUAUCACCACAGAACUUGUAACACAAAAAUCUGUCGCCACUGAUUGGAAGACCCCUUUGAGUACCACUGCACAUUCUGUCACACAGAAAUCUAUCGCCACUAGUCAGACGCCCCUCAUGACCACCACCGCCCAGGCUGUCACACAGAAAUCUAUUGCCACUAGUCAGACGCCCCCCAUGACCACUACUGCACAGGCUGUCACACAGAAAUCUAUCGCCACUAGUCAGACGACCCCCAUGACCACCAUUGCACAGGCUGUCACACAGAAAUCUAUCGCCACUAGUCAGACGACCCCCAUGACCACUACUGCAAAAGCUGUAACGCAGACUUCUGGCAGGACUAGUCAGACGUCAAAUAUAGGGACCAAACCUGAAUCCGUCACAUUGGUACAUCGCAGCUCCACUGGGUCCUUUGACAUUGUGAACACACCUAGGGAAAAUGCCAGACAGUCAUCCAGCAGCGCCUGGCAGACCUUUCCUGGAUCAAGGACAACUCAAGGGGCAGCUACUGAGACUCACCCGACCACUGCUGUUAUGUCUGGAUCAACCGGUGGGACAACUGGUUCUACUCUUGGGACGUCUGAAAAUUCCAUUGGACAAACGGGGUCUUCUGCUGGGACAUCCAAUAUUGGUGGCGUUUUGCUGACAUCAACCACUCCUAAAACAUCCAGCACAAAUCUCUAUCCUCAGACAUCCGGCUCCGCUAAUGUCCCACAAGUAACGCAGUCGAAUCCUGUUGCAGUGAAACCAACAACGAGCACGAGCACAACCAGACCUCCAGACGUCAACGUGGAAUCGGCGCCGGAAACCAACCUCCUCCUGAAGGUCACCGUACCUUCCCUCUGU